UAGGAACCGACGCAACGUUAUAGUCUCACUCUAUCCUUUCUCUGGUUCACCCUACAAUAAUGUUCCACUGUCUUAUUGUUCUGUACAGCCUCUGAAACCAAAUUAAUCAGUUUAUCGUCCACACGUUCCAACGAUUUUCUGAGUCUAGGGUUUUUUACUUCUAGUUUUGUUUUUGUCUUUCAGUGGCCACCCAAAUCUUAGAUUGCAGUAUACCAGUAGAUUCCCCAGACUCGGAUAGAGAUUGUGGAAUGGAAGAAGCUAAAACUAUCGAAGCAUUCCCAAACCCAGAUAGAGAUUGUCGAAUGGAAGAAGCUAAAACUAUCGAAGCAUUCGAAUCGGGCCCGAAAAUGGAACCCACAUCGAGUGAGGUCGACCCAGGUUCGGAGGAGCUCAAGAGGAAGAAAAAGAACAAAUUGAGGGCCGAAAUCGAUACAUCAGCGCCGUUCGAAUCUGUGAAGGAGGCAGUGAGUCGGUUCGGUGGUAUCGGUUACUGGAAACCCCAUUCCCACAAGUCCUCUGAAACUUCUGAGCAUGACUUUGAAGAAGUUGACAUUGCAAAAGUUGAGGAAGAGGCUGCACAAUUGGAGAAAGAUCUGAUCGUAAAAGAAAGGGAAACACUUGAUGUCUUAAAAGAAUUGGAGGCAACUAAAUUGAUGGUAGAAGAACUUAAAUCAAAGCUACAGAAGGAAGCCUCUGAAGUUGAUACUGCUCUCGCGACUAAUUUAGAUAAUAACAAUGUGAAUCCUGCUGUUGAAGUAGCAGAAAAAGAGAACCAUGAGAAUCUUGUUGGAGAGCAACAGAAUUUGGUGGGUGGUGCAAUCUUGUGCCCCUCUGCAGCUCCAGGUUUAAUUUUAAUGGAGUUGAAACAAGCGAAGUUAAACCUAACUAGAACUACAACUGAUCUUGCUGAUAUUCGAGCUACUGUCGAAUCAUAUAGCAAGAAAUUGCAGAAGGAAAGAAUCUCACUUGAGAAAACUCGUGAGAGAUUAAAUUUGAAUUUCUCCAGAAUUUCAUCUAUGGAGAAAGAACUAAACCAAACUAAAGCAAAGCUACAGCUGGUAAAGGAUGCUGAAGUUAAAGGUCCAACUGAUAGUCCUAUGGAUGUUUCAAGGGAGCUCCAAAUGUUAAGUACUGAGGCAGAGCAGUUUAAGAAAAUGGGAGAAGCAGCUAAAUUAGAAGUAUCGAGAGCAAUGUCUGAGAUUGAAGAGACAAAAAGUAGGAUAAAGACAGCUGAGAUAAGGUUGGUUGCAGCCAAAAAAAUGAAGAAAGCAGCAAGAGCAGCAGAAGCUGUUGCUCUUGCAGAGAUCAAGGUCCUAUCAAACGUUGAGAGCUCAUCUGAUGUUUUCCUUCCAAAACCUGAAGGAGUUACUCUUUCCUCUGAAGAAUACUCUUGCCUAACCUAUAAAGUCCGUGAAGCAGAGGAAGAAUCUAAGAGGAGAGUACUAAGUGCCAUGCUUCAAGUUGAUGACGCAAAUGUAUCAAAAGGGGAGAUUUUGAGGAAGGUUGAGGAGGCUACAGAAGAAGUAAAGUCCAGUAGGAAGGUCUUGGAAGAAGCUCUGAACAGGGUAGAGGCUGCAAAUAGAGGGAAGUUGGCUGUAGAGGAGGCUCUGCGGAAAUGGAGGUCCGAACAUGGUCAGAGAAGGCGUUCAAUACAUAACACUACAAAGUUCAAGAACUCUUACCCAUCUCAUCACCGGAAAAAUUCGCGCCUUCUUGAUGUAAAUGGACUGAAUCUGGCGAACGAUGAGCCAAAGCCGGUUUUGAGACCAACACUGUCAAUAGGGCAAAUACUGAGCAGGAAGCUGCUGCUAACAGAAGAAUUUGAGAAUCGAAUGCAGGCUGAAAAGGGUUCGGUGAAACGGAAGUCAUUGGGUCAAAUGCUUAGCAAACCUAAUGGAAAUCUAGCCUCUGGUCGGAAGGCUGAGAAGGAGAAUGGUCACAAGCAGUUCCCUGCAAAGAGAAAGAAGUUUGGGUUUGCUCGGUUCUCGCUCCUGACGACAAAGCAAAGUAAGAAAAAGAAGCAGCAAACCCCUAAUUAGAGAGACCUCGUGAGAGGUAGAACAACUGAUUUAGAUGAUUUGAUCAAGGAACUGACUCCUUUGUCUUCUUUCUGCCUCUCUUUCCUGUUGUUCCUGGUUUGUAAUUAAGCUUGUCACCUCUAUUGUUCCUUUCGAUUUAGUUAUGCAAUUAUGUGUGUUUGAAUUGCUAAUA